GUCUCGCGACGUCAAACGCUUUAGUGAUCUCUAUUAUUUUAAAGUGGAUUUAAAUUUCUGUGGAUUACUUACCUCUCCCAAUAAAAAUAAUUGUGUCGUGUUAAUUGCAGUGAUGUGGAGAUGUUUCUUUUAAUUCGAAAUAAUCAAUAACGUUGAGUGAAGGCACAUUUAAUCGGUGGGGGGGAAUCCAAAAUACUAUGACAGUAUAGUAAAAACGUUUUACUACUCGCGAGAGGUGUUGAAUACCUUCAUUUCUCAUCUCGCGAACUGGAUGGACUUCCAUUUUGUUUUAAUAAGUGGUGGUUGUUUACAUUGUUCAUCCUGCUCAUAAACAAUGGAAAGCGCUGGCGCUCUAGAGUCGCAAGCAAUGAGUGAGACGUGGUAGCGGCUGUGAUGCAGCGCGGGCAGGCGAGCAGCGCCACGCUGCCGCCGCACCAACCAUCAAGGACACCCUACCGUCCGCAUGCGCACUCCUACCCCGACAUCGAUGAACAGAUUCCCGCCUCCGUAAUCAGCAGCGUGGGGUCUGUCAGCCUAACUCAGUCGACGAAUCAUCCAACUUCUAACACCACAAUGGCCAACCCAAUGAAUCCCAGUAACAACAAUAACACCCAAGCGUCGACUCAACAGACGCCGACGCAGGCUCCCAUACGAAACUUGCCGAAGAAACGAAAGUUCGCCCCCUCAGAACUCGAGGAGAUAGAACGGAAUUGCAUGAAUAGCAUACCAGAAAGGAACCUGAACGUGCCUGUUUCUGCGCCUAUGCCAGUUGAAUAUACGCCAUCGUACCAACCGGUUCUCCAGCCAUCCCCAAUUAUUCGUUCCUCACCUCACGAGCUCAGAAUAUCUGAAUACAUCCACUAUCCAAAUAUAGACCUAUCUGAAUGGCGUGAUCAUCGAGUUUUGGCCAAGCAGCGAGGCAUCUACAUACCUGGAGUUAUACGCCAGGUGGAUGGCUGCAAGGUGAUCGUGGAAUUGGACGGCCAGGAGUCAGAUCCGGUCGAAUAUAGUGAUAUAUUUGGUGCGAAUAAGUAUGAUGUGAUUAGUGAUGCGAGUCCGCAGUUAAGCCAUUUGUUGAUUGGUGCCGCGUGUGUUGUGAGGACUACUGACCUAAAUAGAGAAAAUGUCCAGAAUGUGUUUGUUGAGGGUUUGGUGUUCGAAGUGCACAAUUCGCCUAUAAGGAUCCGUGUUAAGGUAACGGAAGGUGACAACAUGUACAAAGAGACUGUGGAGGUAAAGCGAGCCGAUAUAAGGCUGCUGCAGCCGCCCUGGGCUGAUGAGCUAGAAGACGCUGGUUCUCACGCCGCGUCCGCUAUGAAACCGCAACUCAUGAGGCCACACCAUAGUUUACCAUACGCAGAACACUUCGUGACGUCAUCCCCCAUGCCCGGCUCGGGUGUGAGCCAGGUGGUGACGGUAGGCGCGCUCUCCAACGGCUCCCGACCCUUCGACGACUACGGGGAGAGCGACGACGACCUGCCCAGGGAGGAUAUCAUGUUCCCUACCGACGCCUCGCAUAUGGAUUGCAGCAAUAGCAAGCGAAGUAGUCUCCAGAGUCGUGGCAGCACUUCGAGUCUCAUCGAAGGCAGUCUCACACCUAGAUCUCAACCACCCACUCCUCGAUCUCAAGCGGCGACGCCUCACAAGUACAAGAAGGGCGACGUGGUGUCGACGCCCACGGGUAUCCGUAAGAAGUUCAACGGCAAGCAGUGGCGGCGGCUUUGCUCCAAGGACGGCUGUACGAAAGAGAGUCAGCGCCGUGGGUUCUGCUCUCGGCACCUGUCGCUGAGGGGAGUCACCAGGUCCUCCAACACGCCUCUCACGCAGUCCUCGCACGCACAGCAGAGAAGCAGCAGUAAGUCCCUGUCGUCGAGCGGUACAGGCGUGGAGGGAGACGAGACGUCCCGUGAGUCUGACACCACGCCUCCUAACUAUCGCGUCACUGGUCGCUUCGACCCAGACGAGACAGAGGCUGCCAACAUGCUGGUAUCGCUGGGCAGCAGUCGGUCGGGCAGCCCGGGCGCGUCGCCGGUGGGGGGCGGGUCCCCGGUGCUCCGCAGCAACGUGUUCGUGCCAAUCUCGUCCCCUCAGCCGCCGCACGCGCCUCACCCAUACCACCAUCUUAUCAGACCAGAGUCCCUCCGGCCAGGGCGUGUUGGUUCGCCGGCGGGUGGAGUCGCUACGAGUGUCAUCAGGGUAUCUCCUGUUUAUUACCAUAAUGAGAAUCGUAAUGGACAUACUUUACAAUCCACUCAACAUAAUCCCAUCAGCAAUCAAGCGCCAAACAUUAACAUUCAGAGCAAUAUGCAAUCCAACAUGGGUGUGCCCACGCUACAUUCAACUCAAAACUUUCCAACCAGCAUAUCCUCCAUCAAUAGCAUGAACCAAAGCUUACAGACCAGCAUUGCUAACCGCGAGAAAGUCGACGAUAUUCCACACAACCUAGUCUUACAUCGAAGCAUUCCUUCCACAAACGGAAUGGACGUGUACCGCCACCAGACAAUGAAUCAGCCGCACUUAAGAAACGGCUUGGAUAUAUACAAGCGGGAAGAAAUGACGUCACCACAGGGUAACCGUGAAAAUUUUCUGCAUAGAAGAGUCUCGGAGUACGAGGAGAACGACCGUUCCGUGUCGCAAACGGACGGUCACCCGAAGCGCGAAAUACGUCCAAUAGAACUUUCCGAGGCUCGCACAAUGGAGGACAAUAAGAGGAUAUUAAAGCCGGCGCCGAUACAGGCGCGGUUCGUCUCAUUCGUCGACGCGGAUUCGAAGGAUUCGAUGAAACGGUUUUACGUCAUACCGCAAAAUAGUUUGGAGAAGAAAAUCGUGUUGAUAAAAAACGAGCCCCCCGAUACUGUGCAAAUCACAAAUCGCAUCAGCUAACGACGCAGAUUAACAACGAUCCUGAACCUGAACAACGGACAAUAGACAAUGGAGAUCAUGUAAAUAAUGUGAAUAGUAGCGCAGUCAUAGUACACCCUAGUCAGUUGUUACCCGUUCUACCCCCGCCCACUUCACACACAGCCAUAAUUG